AUGUCAUUAGUUGCUUUCCAGUCCCUUCUCUUAUUCACUGACUCUAUCCACCGCCAUCGACUUAAUUGUCUUCAUCCUUCCAGUCUCUUCUCUUAUUCACCAUCUCUUCCACCGACUUUCACCACCAGCAUCGCCCAUGCUCGACUCAGACUUAAAACCACCUCACUGCCGAUUGUACCCUCCGGUUCAUCUCCAUCUUCUCCAAUAGACACUUCUUCGCCGUCGUUAGCCGAUGGUUCUAACUUCGAUGCUAAAGUUUUCCGGCAUAAUUUGACUAGAAUCGACAACUACAACCGGAAAGCGUUUGGACAUAAAAAGGAGACUCUUCACCUCAUGAAUCAAGAGUAUACCAUAAAACAAGGAAUUUAUGUUAUGGAUGAACUUCUGGUCGGCGUCCACCAGGAACUUUGGGGUUUGUUUAACUUCUGUUGUCCAGAGCUUUUGGGAGACAAGAAAUGUUUUAAGGAAAAAUAUGAGUCAGCAAUCCUACGUGGAAAUGACAAAAAUGCAUCUGAUAGAGAUAAGCGCAUUGGUUCAAUUGUUGCACAGAGACAACUAUACGAAGGCUUUUUGAACAGUGAGAUUGUUCUUUCAGCCUUUGAUGGUUCACCUUUAGCUGCUCUCACGUUGUAUUAG